UGUUUAUUCUGCUUAUUGGGAAGAAAUAUACGGGGUAGUCGCCCUCAAAGUGCUUAAAGGAUCCCAAAAUAUUUCUGAUGAAUUUAUGAAUGAGUUGAAAGCAUAUUAUAAAUGCUUUGAGAAUAGAAAAUUUGGAUUUCUUAGAUGUUAUGGGAUUUCUAGGGACCCAGAAACUGGAUGUUACAUUCUCGUAUUGGAUUAUAUGCCAAAACACGAUUUACGUCAUAACUUGCAUAAUUUAGCACAAGAAGUUUGGGAAGAAAAGCUUAUUGUUUUAAUCGAUAUUGUAAAAGAUCUUUAUAACAUCCAUGAAAAUGGAUUCAUUCAUCGAGACUUACACUCUGGAAAUAAAUAUAUAUCGACUAAUGAACCUUCAGAAAUUCGUAAACAAUUUGAUGAAUCUGAUAGAAAUAUGAAACGUAUCGAAAAAUCUUCUAUACAUCCUGGCGCGAUUUACAGAUCUCGAUAUAUCGCGACUCAAAGAAAUAUGAUCAAUGAAAUAGAA